AUGUCCGAUCCAAUUGUUCACUUCAAUGGCACUCACGAAGCUCUCCUCAACAGAAUCAAGGAAGCUCCAGGUUUAGUUCUUGUCGAUUUCUUUGCAACAUGGUGUGGUCCAUGCCAACGCCUUGGCCAAAUCCUCCCAUCAAUUGCCGAAGCUAACAAAGAUGUUACAUUCAUCAAGGUCGAUGUUGAUAAGAACGGCAAUGCUGCAGAUGCUUACGGAGUCUCUUCAAUUCCAGCUCUUUUCUUCGUUAAGAAAGAAGGUAAUGAAAUCAAGACAUUAGAUCAGUUUGUUGGUGCUGAUGUUUCUCGCAUCAAAGCUGAUAUUGAAAAGUUCAAAUAA